AUGGAGACUGCGCUAUGUGGGAGAUUAGCUCUCGCACCUAACUCUCUCUUCAAUUCUUCUAUCUCAGGGGACAAACAUUCUCUCUCAAAAGGACCGCACACGAGUAACCGUGGUGUUCUCAUGACCAUGUCUACGUCCGUAGUGGCCAAAGGAGGUGGUGUCUUGGACAAACCAAUUAUUGAGAAAACUACUCCUGGUCGUGAAUCCGAGUUUGAUUUGAGGAAAUCAAAGAAGAUGGCUCCACCUUACAGAGUGAUACUACACAACGACAACUUCAACAAGAGGGAGUACGUGGUUCAGGUGUUGAUGAAGGUCAUACCAGGCAUGACUGUAGACAACGCAGUUAACAUUAUGCAAGAAGCCCACAUCAACGGUUUGGCUGUUGUCAUCGUCUGUGCUCAGGCUGAUGCAGAGCAACACUGUAUGCAGCUGCGUGGUAACGGUCUUCUCAGUUCUGUUGAACCUGAUGGUGGAGGCUGCUGA